AUGACAGACACGGCUCGGUGGAAGGCCACCGUUUAUGUUGGCGGGCUAGGACCGCAGGUGACCAAGGCCAACCUGCAGGACGCCUUUCUUCCGUUCGGCGACAUUGCCGAUGUGGCGCUUCCCAAAGGCAGUAACAGGUCGAAUGGCGCCCAGGACAGAAACGACGACACUGCGCCGCAACAAGACGACGACGGCGAGCCCGGUCACAGGGGCUUCGCCUAUGUCGAGUACGAGGACGUCGACGACGCGAAGGAGGCCAUUGACAACAUGGACAAGUCCGAGUUUUUUGGGAGAAUUAUCAAAGUCACGGCUGCAAAGGCCCCCAAGAGCGCGAGUGAGGGGCUGGGAAGCCGAACGGCUCUCUGGAAACAGGAUGCAUGGCUUGCCGAGAACACAACAAGCGAAGAAGACAGAUUGGCUGCCGAGCAAGGACUGCUCGGCACACAGGAAGCUCCGGCAGACCCAAUGCAGGGUCUAGAGGGACUGGACGUUGCCGGACCGAGGCCGGAGUAA